AUGUUGCGAUUUUUUGCAUCUUAUUUAGCUUCUAACAUUAAACCUAAUACUACUACAAAUGAAGAAAAUUUACAAGAAAACUUUUUUAAUUUUAACGCCAAAAAUUUUGAUUUUUUUGCAACGGAAACGGAACAUUCUGAUGAAGUGGAACAACCUCAAGAUAUAUCGUUAUUAAGAGAACGAAAAUUACAAGAAUUAACGGAAAAAGUUUUAUUACGUAAAAUAUAUCGUCAAAUGGUUAUGAAUCGUCACACUCAGGAUCAUUUGCCACUUUCUCAAAUUCAAGAAAAAUUAGAAGAAGAUGACCUUCCUUUAAAAGUACUUCAAGAUAAAUUAAAACAAAAAGAAAAUUCUUCUAUUUAUACUACAAUAAGAGAAAAUAUUAAUUUUUUACUUUAUAGUAAACCAUCUAAAUCGAAAAAAUCUAAACCUUCUUUAUCUACCCCUAUUAUUACUGAUACUGUUAAUAAUAGUGAUAAUAAUAAUAAUGUUUCUACUCCUAAAGAUGAUAAAAAUUACGAUGUCUGGGAUGAUGCAAUUAUUGGUCAUCUUAUGAAUCUAGUAGAAACGAUAGGCGUAGAAAUUAAUCAAGAUGAGAAUUCCGGAGAAUCUAUUAAUGAUACCAAGGAAUCCGCUCCAAAAGUAGACCGUCAAUUAAUAAACAGAGUAGUAAACGAAGUAAUAAACGAGGUAAUGAGAGAAGAAGAAUUCAAAAAAAGAUCUUCUCAUCUAAAUGAUACCUUCACAAAAGGAUCAACUAAAGUUACAACAGAUAAAGAAACAAUAGUCGCUGAAUCAUCUACUGCUACCACUGUUGCCAUAGAAAACAAUGCCAUGAAGAAUAUAGGAAAAAAUACCGUGAAGAAUAUUGAAAAAAAUACCGUGAAGAAUAUAAAGAAUAUUGAAAAAAAUACCGUAAAGAAUAUUGAAAAAAGUACCGUAAAGAAUAUUGAAAAAAAUACCGUAAAGAAUAUUGAAAAAAGUACCGUAAAGAAUAUUGACAAAAAUACUGUGAAUAAUAAUAUUGAUAAAAAUACCGUGAAAAAUAUUGAAAAAUAUACCGUGAAGAAUAAGAAUAUUGGAAAAAAUACCGUGAAGAAUAAUACCUCGACGAAAAUUGAAAAUAACGUCGCGACGAAUAAUGCUACGAUGGAUAUUGAUAUAGAGCAUGUAAAAAAUGUAAAAAAUGAUAUUACGGAUGAUAUUCAAGAGAAUAUUCAAGAAGAUACUAAUCUUGAAUCAAGAAAAAUUGCUGAAGAAAUAAUUAAUUUCGGUGAAACUAUUAAUGUAGCUGAAAGUCUUUUACCUUCCGGUAAUUUAAUGAAUGAUAACGCAAGUUUCAAGUCAACAAGGAGUGUUAAAAGAAAAUUCCGUCGUUCAAUAUUUUCUUUGGGUCAAUCUUCUACUUCCUCAAAUGAUAAAAAUCCCGAUCAAACUCAUAAUUCAUUAAAAAGACAUGUUAGUGACUUAAGUAGGAGGGGUUCUAUACAUAGUAAAAAAUCUUAUGAUAAUGACCUUUCAAGACGUUCUUCAAUUUCUUCUAAAUUUUCAUUUAGUGCUAAUACUGAUGUUAUAAUAGAAGAACAAAAUGAAGAUGAUUUUAAUCAUAAUAAAUUUUUUAAAAGAAAUCCUUCUACUCGGAAAUCCUUACAAUUUUUUAAAAAUAUUUUAAAAAAUAAUCAGAAUUCACCUUUAGCUAAUAAUGAAGAAUGUUUCCUAUCAAGUAGAGAAAUUAGGGAAAAAUAUUAUCAACAGUUUGAUGGGGUUAAACCUGAUCAACGAGUGUAUCCUAAAACGAUAGGAACCGCUGGAGGUCGAUCAGAUCCCGGUUAUUCGAAUUUUUAUCUAUCUAUGCCGAACGGUCAAUGGAUGGUCAGAACAAGGACUGCUUCAAGAAAAAUCACGGGCACACAAUACGUUGAAAAAGAAUUUAUUUAA